AUGAAGCGCACAACAAGUUCGGUCAUGGGCCUCUUGGCUCUGGCCUCCCAAGCCACAGCGCAAGUAGCCAGUGUCUGCCCAUCUACGGGAGUAUGCUAUGGCCUCAACAUCCCUGAGCGCACAGCAUCAUCCGGAUCGGGAGACAUCUUCUUCCAGAUAUCAGCCCCAAGCAACUAUGAGUGGGUUGCGCUCGGCCAAGGCAGCGGCAUGCCUAACUCCAACAUCUUCGUCGUGUACACUUCAGGAUCUGGCAACAAUGUUACACUAUCACCGCGAUCGACUACCAGCUACCAGCCCCCCAGCCCCAACGAUGCUGCUCAAGUCACUCUGCUUGAAGGAUCUGGUGUUUCGAACGGUGUGAUGACUGCGAACGUGAGAUGCUCAAACUGCAACUCCUGGUCUGGCGGCACCAUGGACUUCACCAGAAACAGCGGGAGCUGGAUCUUCGCCUACCAAUCCUCCGGCGGACCCAAGAACGACGACUCCACCUCUGCGCAAAUCGACCAGCACUCCAACCAGGGUGUCUUCGACUGGCAGUUCGCCCAAGCAAAGGGCGGUUCAAGCGUAAACCCCCUCGUCAACACCUCUCCAACUGGCACAACAGGUGGCGCAACACCAACCAACUGCCGCCAGCGCCCCUCCGGCGCCGCAGGCACAGGUAACGCCAGGCCAAGCCAAACCAGCAGCAACGACGACGACGACGACGAUGACGACAACUACGGCCGCCCAACCUCUCGUCCUACAUCGCGCCCCAACGGCCCCCCAGGAGAAAAGCGCUCCCCCUCCCCCGACAAGGGCGGCAAAGACGACGACGACGACCUCCCCUACUGCGACACCCUCCCCAACGGCGGCGCCACAGGCGGAAACUCCGUCCAAACCAUCAGCUCCGGCGCAUCCGUCAGCCCCUCCAAGAAACGCACCAUGUUAAUCGCCCACGGCGUCCUCGCCUCCCUCGCCUUCGUCAUCCUCUUCCCCUCAGGCGCCAUCGCCAUCCGCCUUGCCUCCUUCCCAGGCAUCGUGUGGCUGCACGCUGGCUUCCAGAUCUUGGCUUACAUGGUGUACAUCGCGGCAUUCGGCAUGGGAAUCUGGCUCGCGCUUCCCAUCAGCGGGGGUCACUAUAUCAGCAGCUACCACGCCAUCAUCGGUAUCUUGGUUUUCUGCCUCGUCUUCUUCAUGCCCUUCCUCGGAACCCUACAUCACAUCUUAUUCAAGAAGACACAGCGUCGUACUCUUACUUCCUACGCUCAUAUCUGGGUUGGACGUAUUGCGAUCACGCUUGGUAUGAUUAACGGUGGACUGGGAUUGUUGCUCGCGGAUAACUCGCGCGAUGGCGCGAUUGCGUAUGGUGUUAUUGCGGCGGUUAUGUGGCUGGUGUGGGUUGCGGCGAUGGUUGUGGGUGAGGCUAGGAGGAAGAAGGCGGUUAGGGCUAAGAACGCGCAGAGGACGGAUAAGGUGCAGGAGGAGAGGAGGGAGAGCGAUAGGAGUACGGAUGAUGUGGAGUUGGCGGGUCAUUAUAGGCCGGCGAAGGGUCAGCAGUAG